AUGUUUAAUCCAGGAGCCCCAGAUUUUCAAGGUAUAUCACAGCCGGUUGUCAAGGUUCCGAACCCCCCACAUUCCGCGAAGAUCAAUUUGAAUACCGUGUUUCCGAAGCCGUCAUUGUCCGGUAGAACUUCAUCCCCUCCGACUCAGCCUGCUCAUCUUAACGUCAAUAAUUUAUUCUGCCUCUCUCAUCUUCGUGGAUUCGCCAUGCAAAGUAUCCACAAAUUUAACACGCCAUUCGGCAAAACUGGCUUUCAAGGACCGAAGAUCACAGCAAUCAGCCAGUUCCGAGUUCGGAAAACCACCUGCGUUUCUGGACUCAUGUAG